CAGCGGUCAAGGUCAAUGCGACUGCUUUGACAGUCAACCCAGCGCAGCCUUGGCCCUGGCCUAUCUGUUUUUCUCAGUUUUUUUUUUUUUUGCAUCACAUAUCUUCCGGCAUGUGCUUAUCCCGUCGCUAUCACAUUUAUCAUAUCAUCCGCCAGCCUUUCCUUUUGUGCGCAGCCCUGGCGCCGAAAGCUGAAGAAACUGUAUCCUCCUUGUUGCUUCCACUUCGUCAAAUCGUUGAAACAGCGUUGACGGCUUUGGUUUUUAAAAUGACGCACAUAUUGGUAAAAUGGACAACAGCUGAAGCAUGGGAUGUCUACCCGACGCGCAAGGUGACUGAUAUUCAGACAGCAACUGAAAUAAUGAAUGACCCACCAAUCGUGGAGUCACUCGUCGGACGCACCUUUGAAAUUACUUGGAAGAGCGGGGAGCCGCCGGCAAAGGCACAUUUGAUUGCUGCGGGUAAUGUCUGUUUUCUUAUUUCGCACGUUAUCGCUUUGCGGUCAGCUACCGUUGCCGAUCGCCUGCUUGAAUUUAAUUUAGAUUGGCGCGAGCUUUAUCAAGUUCAGCAAUAUUGCUAACACGAAGGCAAACAUUUUUGCCGGCGCAUGCGCUCCGAUUUGUUUCGGUAAAAUGCGAGACUUGCCGCCUUGAAAAAACGUGUGGGAUUCUGAACAUCGUCAUAUACACACAAUGUUCCAGGAGACCCAGGCAACCAUGAGAGAAGACGGAACCGCCUCGCCGCACGAGCAUGCAAGAACAUGUCACAGGUGACUGGCUCAAAGCACAUAUUUUUUUUUAGAACAGCAAAUCGUGAUGGGUGCAUUACAAAUUAACUGAUUGCAUGGCAAUGAAUGUGUGACUAUCCAUAAUUCCGUGAGUCAUCCCAAUGAUUGCGUCGUCGCUUGGCCCUAGCUUUAAAACCUAUUCUGCCCUGUCACAGGCGAGUGGCUGCUGUGGUCAUGAAGAACAAAUAAAGCAACUGCAGCGGGCGAAUGAUGACCUGAAACGUAAUAUAGAGGAUCUGGAAAACACGAUGGACAUCCAGAAGACCGUGAAAACACUCGAGCGAAUUGUCAGAAAGAUGAAGGCUUCUCAGGAGGAACGUCCUGUGCUGGAGCCGAACCGGGUAGACCUGGGAAGCGGCGUGUACGUGUCCAGCGCGACGCUUACAAGGCUACAGGAAUCCUACAAGGAUUCUCCCAGCAAGUUUGCCCGUGCUCUCACUCGUGUACUUUUUACAGAUGAAGAGCUAAAAAACCGAUCACUUUUUGGUAAACAGUCCAACAGCCACAAGAACAAGGACCCAAGGCCUGCCCUCGACGAGAACCGUGUGACAGCUAUCUUGGGUAUGCGCUUCUUUGCCGUGCAUCACACUUCCCAGCAAAAGCGUACCCGUCGUAUACUGUCCAAAGUGGCAGUCCGCAUUCAAAAGGAGCACCGAGGUGUUCAGCACACGUGCGCUCCAUUCAAGUGCGCGGACUACCUGGUGAAAAGAAGCCUCAGUGCCAUGCUUCAGAAGCUCAACAAGGGCACCCCAUGA